GUUUUGAGAAGAUUCGUGGCGUCUGUACUCAGUCAGUGUUGUUGACAAAUGUCAGAUGAGUCUUUCAACCCAAUGUUUGGAGUUUACUUAGAAAAUAAUUAAGAAAUAUACAUGACUGUAGUGCACCAUCAAGCAUUUAUGAGAGAAUAUUAUGCAGCAUGAGACAAUGUGUGAGUCUUUGUAAAAGCAACUCAUUAAUCUCUGAAAGUGAUUUGUUGAAAAAAUACAUGUCGGUGAUGUUGAAAAGAAUAAAAGAAGAUACAUAUUGAGAAAAGUUGAUUGAGAAGGACUUUAGUGUGUGUAUUUCACCAAGACAGUUGCCAUGUUUCCUUUGGGUGGUGGGUGGUGGCCCAUGACAUCACACAAGAGUUUUGAAGAAAUUUGGGAGAUACACUGAGGAGCAGGCCAUUGCAAACAUGGCCCUUCAUAUUGCCCAUUGACAGGCAAGUGUAAGGCUACUGGUUGUGUGUGUAGCUGGAGUAAACCUUUAGUCACACACUGUAUUGUAGCUGCACUGUGUGGGGAAUGGUGGACUAGACAUCACGAUCAAGGUAUUGAGAGAUGCUGGAGAUCCUCUACCUUAGAAAAAAUAGGAAGUAUGGAAGAGUGCUCCAGUGUGAGAUCUACAGAUUCUGCAGGUACCAGUGAAGAGUAUGAAAUUGUGGAGAGUGAGCCAGUCACAGCCAGUACUCCUCAGCAGGACCACCCCUUGGAGCCCACACUGAACAUUGCCAACAACGGCAACAUGGAGGACCUGCGGCUGGAGCUGACAGAGGUUAUGAGAGAGAAAAGCUCUGAUGGAUCUUCCCCACCCACCACAAAUGGGAGAUCUGCUGCCAGGAGAGGUGAUGAUGAAGAAGAGGAGGAGGACGACCUACCAGUCUUCCCUUCACCACCACCCCUUGAGACCCAGGUGUCCCAAGUGUCACAGAUGUCACAGGUAUCUCAGGCGUCAAGCCAGAGUGAGGGACCUGGUCAACCCGAUGACAGGACUCUUGGGGAGAACAAUCCAAGUUUCUCUCAUCAGACUGCUUCAGAUGAUGACAUGGAGCGGGUGCAUGCUGAGGAUGGCAGCGGGGACUACACCAUCUUCAACCGAGUGACGUAUCUUGGGGCAGCCUCGAUCAAUGCACCUCGCAGUGAAGGGGAGAUCCAGCGCAACAUGGCCAUUCUCAAUGCCCAGGCUCAGGAGCAGGCGCUGGAGGUGUCUGUUUCUGUCCCCUCAAACUCUGAAGGCUAUGUCAUAGUUUAUGAUGCCAACAACAGCACAGAGAUGACACGAUUCAAAAUUCACCGCAUCUUGUUCUGUGCUCGUGGCAAGGCAGACACUUCAGAGGCUUGCUGCUUUGCCUUCACCUCGUCUCAUGGAGACACCCAGGAGACUGCCAUCUUCCAGUGCCACGUGUUUCGCUGUCAAAUCCCUGAGGCUGUGGCACGUGUCUUGAUCACUUUUGCGGCAGCAUUUCGACGUGUGCCUAAAAGCAAGAUGGGUCAGCGUGAGGAAGCCUGUCCCACCCGGCAGCCAGAUGAUCUCGUACACCUCUUUGAUAUCUCUUUGGAAAUAAAAGAAGAAGAUAAUAAGGGUAACUUCAACACAGUACCACGAGACAAGGAGUUCUUCAAGCUUCGGAGCAACAUUGAGAAACAGCUUGUCCUGACAGUGAGCCCAGCUCCACCCAGCAGCCUCCCCAGCAUGGCCCACCAUCCCCCAGCACCAGCAGAUCUUUCUGUUGAGAGAUGCUUCGGUCUCCUUGUGGCCCAUGGCAGGAGAGUGAAACACGCUGACAUGAACCUACUGGAGAUGAAAAUGGCCGUCCAUGAUCACUCACUGGCAGAGACAGUGAGAACUCAAAAUGGAUGCAAAAAUGGAUUCUCAAACACAUCCCAUGUUUUUGGGGUAAAUGAGGUGCAGGUCUCCAUGGGCAGCAGUGUGAGCGACAAGAAGAGUUAUGUGAUCUCAGGCCACUGGGACCCUUGUGAUCCAGUGUUUGCUGUGCUCAAUCAAGAGACACCUAAGGACCGGCGUGUGUUCAUGACAGUUGCCAUAGAUCUAGUCAUCCGAGGAAUCCAAGAGCCAGUACGCUUCACAAUAGAGACCAAAGUGCGGGUGUAUCCACAGAAUGAACGCUUCUGGUAUUUCAGCAAGAAACCACUAGUGCACCUCUUCUCCCUCAAGCUCAAGCAAGUGGACCACUCACCACAGGGAGACAAGCAGUAUGUGGUCACUGCUGUGGACAAUCUUGGUGAGGUGGAGCGAUGGCGACCCUCCACCAUGUCCCUGUCCCUGAAUCUCUCCUCCCUUACCUCUUCCACCCUCUCCUCUCUCUCUGCUGGGCGCUCCCCAUCCAUUGCCUCCAUUGAGACACCAGGCUGUGAAGAAGACACAGAUGAUGAUGAGCCCCUGCUGAGUGGAUCUGGUGAAGUUUCUAAGGACUGUCCACAAGGGGAACUGGACCUUUGGAGACAGCUGUUGCAACAGGAGGAAGUGUUGCCCAGGAUGCAAUCAGACUCCCAUCACCAGUUGCCCAAGGGUGUAGCAAGUCUUGUAAAGCGUGGUGUGCCAGAGGCUCUAAGAGGAGAGGUGUGGCAACUGCUGGCUGGUUGCUCUCAGAACCAGGACAUGAUGGAAACUUACCGAGUGCUGAUAACCAAGGACUGUGCCAGUGAUCAGGUGAUCCUCAGAGACAUUAACCGCACCUUCCCUGCUCAUGACUACUUCAAGGAGGCAGGUGGGGUGGGACAGGAUGCACUGUACAAGAUCAGCAAGGCAUAUGCAGUGUAUGAUGAGGAAGUUGGGUACUGUCAGGGGCUCUCCUUCCUAGCAGCUGCUCUCCUUCUGCAUAUGCCAGAGGAACAGACCUUCUGUGUUCUCAAGAGAAUAAUGUUUGAGUAUGGACUGCGAGAGCUCUUCAGGGAUGGCUUUGAGGUGUUGCACAUGCGCUUCUUCCAGCUGGGGAAACUGAUCGAGGAGCAUAUACCUGAGUUGUGGCAGCACUUCCAGGAACAAGGUGUGGAGGUGCACAUGUUUGCCAGCCAGUGGUUCCUCACUCUCUACACUGCCAAGUUCCCUUUGUUCAUGGUGUUCCAUUACCUUGACCUCUUCCUCCUCAUUGGGCUUGAUUCAGUCUUUCAGGUGGCAUUGGCUCUCCUCCAGAUGUCCAAGAAGGAGCUGCUAUCAUCUGAUUUUGAAGGAAUACUCAAGUACUUCAGGGUGUCCCUACCCAAAAAGUACCGCAAUGAAGAUGUAGCCAGACAGCUCUUCAAACUGGCCACCUCAAUUAAGGUGAAGAAAAUCAAGAAGUAUGAGAAAGAGUACCUUGCCCUCAAAGAACAAGAAGCGCUGCAAGAGGACCCAGUGUUACGACUGGAACGGGAGAACCGUCGCUUCCUGGAAGACAAGAUGAGGCUUGAGCGGGAGAAUGAUGACCUUGCACAGGAACUCGUGAACAGCAAAAUCACCAUGAGAAAAUGCAUGGAUCAGUUGGAGGACAAGUGUGACUCCCUGGGGAAGGAAGUGGUGAACCUCAACACUGUCCUGUCUGAUGCUGAGGAGGAGAAGAAACGUUUACUUUUGGAAGCCAAUCAGGUGAAGGAGCUGCUUAAGAGGGAGGUGGAGAAGGGGGAUGUCGAGACUCAGAGUAAGUCAGCCAUCAUUGCUGAUUACAAGAAUAUCUGCUCCCAACUCUCUGAAAGGCUGGACAAGGAGCAAGCAGCCAAUACACGCACCAUCAACAUGUACAAGGCUAAGGUGGCUUCAUGUGAGAAGUGCAGUGCCUUGCUCUCCCCCGUCUGUGGCCCGACAGUAGAGAUGGGUCUGGAGGAGUCUCCUGCAGUAACCCGACUCCAGCAGCAGGUGCGGGAGUUGGAGCUGGAACUGGCCAAGACCAAGUUGGCUCUGGUAGAAUCGGAAUGCAAGAAUCAGGAUUUGACACAUCAACUAACCACAGCUGUGAGGGAGCUUCAGGCCACUAAAAACACAUGGUUCCAGAAGACACUCACCUCCUUCUCCUCCCUGAAGGAGCGCUCUGGCUCCACCUCUUAUCCCUCCUUUACCACCACCACCACACAAACCACCACAGCUCCUGCCACCACCAGUGUAGUCACCUCUGCUACCACAAGCGCCAAUGUUCAGCGUCAGAUCAGUAAAGACAGCAACGCUGAAAAGAUAUAGAACAUGCCUCUUCUCAUCCUCCGCAACAUCAUAUAUUUCAGAAAACUGGCUAAUGUGUGAAGUGCAUUUAGAAAUGGAAGGGAAGAGUAGUCUAGUAUAAGGGUACCUUUGCCAUAAGUGACUACGAUAGUGAAGGAGAAUGAUGAGCUUAGUGUUGGGGAGUUGUGACAGCAGAAGUAUUCCCAGAAAUUGUUCAGUGAUGAUUUGGAAAUACAUUCCAGCACCUCAUGCACUUACACCACUCUUCCAUCCCCAGUCUUGUCAAGUGUGUGAAGGAAGAGUAAGACACAUCACAAGAAUGAAGGUUGUGGUAGAGCACUGGUGGUUGAUUGAAAUUCUCUGAGGUGGUGUGAUGCAAUGUGACUGCUAUGAACUAUGAAAGCACCUCAUUGCUACCUAGCUAGUGUGUCUAUUCUGCUAAAGACUUGCCUAUGUCGAGGUCACGUCAUCAUCUGUUUCUGCUGCUACUUUGACUACUACUACUGCUACUACUACUACUACUGCUAUUCCUACUCAACUCUUACUCCUACUCCUACUACUGCUACUGCUAUUCCUACUCCUACUGCUAUUCCUACUCCUACUCCUACUCCUACUCCUGCCACUAUCCUUAUUCACUGCUGCUGCUGCUGCUAUUCUUGCUACAAGAGAAUCCUGAGUUACAAAUUAUUUGAUACAAAUUACUUGAUUCAAAUUUAGAUCAUAUAAUUUUGUUCUUUGUUCUAAUUUAUAUAUGUAGAAUUUGUAUUACUCAAAACAAAUUCACUAAAAUUAUUCUCAAAAUAAUGAAAGUACAUUAGAUAUUUUAAAAAUCUUAUUGUUGGUUUAUACUUUUUAUGAAAUGUAAUUAAUUUCCAAGUCAUACUACUAUUAAUACAACAAUUACUACUACUACUACUACUACAACAAAUUCACUAUUUCUAGUAUCUACACCAAUGCAAUUUCAUGUGUGUGUGAGUGUGCAUGUGUUCCAAUCAUGUGCUUGUAUAUGUGCCUAGGAUAUAUUCAUACCCGUACUUAAGAAAACACUACAUACAUUGAGCUAGGUGUUAGAAAGCUUCUCUUUUUUUAGCAAUACACAGAAACUUAAAGUAAGUAAGUGUGAAGCUUUCACUGAGGAGCUUCAGCACAGUCCAGGGAGAGGGAGGGGACAUGGGGAGGGGAAGGGCCUCAUACAUAAUAUAGCAAAUUGUAUUGCAAGUUAGGUUUAAUAGAAGUCUUUGUUGCUGUAGCAUAAUGGUGAAGUGAUGGGACUUGUAAGGAAGCAACAAGAUGAUAAAGUUUCAAUUUAUGGAAUGAGGGGAGGAAGGAGGCACGUUUGAGGUGAUGGGAUGGAAAGAGGAAUGAGAAGGCAUGGAGGCACAAGGUGACAUUAACAAGGAUAGUGAGAAAGUAGCCAUUUCAAGGAGGAUUGAGGAGGUAUUCAGAUAUGAUGUAACAAAACAAGAAUGAAAAGAUAGGGUCCAUUAAUAGUUAGUUUUUUUUUUUUUUUUUUUUUUCUAGAGUGAAAGGCAGUUAUUAUUAUGUGCCAGGAGUGGGCACGAUAGAUGAACCUUAAAUAGUGGAAUUUAAAAUGUGACAGUACUAUGGAAGUUGAGUAGACAUGAUAAAAAAUAAUAGAAUAUUCAGAAUGUGUAAUAAACUUACAAAUUCAAAGGACAAAUUUCAUACAGGAAUUUAUAUGAGUUGAAAACAAUACAGGAAAAACAGGGUCAGUCAAUGGCUUUCAUAGUGUUGCAUAUUUAUAUGUACAUGGUAGAUUUUUGUUUUUAGAUCUGCCAUUGUGUAGAAUUUGCCUUGUUGGUAAUACACAAUUAUAUACUUUUGAAUAAUGGUCAUCAGGAUAUGACUCCUGGAAGCAGUUUUGCAAGAAAUUUUUUUACUUUUGGAAACAAAAGUUAAAUUACCAAGGAAAAAUUAUUAAUUUUGAUACAGAGGGGAUGAAAAAGCAGGCAAUUUCACUGUAUCUUUAUAAAGUGAAAACUUGAAUAUUUUGUAUUUGCCAUCAAUCAGAAUAAAUUUAUUUUUACCUUACUUGUUAGAGAAACAAAUGAAGGAAAUAUUGACAUUCUAUUCCUGCUGUACCAUAGUGUAUUCUUUCAUUAAUAUUGCAUAGGUUCUGUUAGUAUACAUAUAUACAUGUUGUAUGUACUCCUUUGAUUUCUGAGAUUUAAGAGUAUCUCAAGUCACUUGUACAUAGAUAUAUAUUAUAAUCAAGAAAGUAAUUUGUAUUCAUAAGUUACAAGGUAUUUACUGCACACAAGAGAUAUUUCUAAUAAAAAGAAGCUUAUAUUAAUGUGUACCAUGUAAAGUCUAACUUCUUUAUGUAUAUGUGAGUGAGAGAGAGAGAGAGAGAGAGAGAGAGAGAGUGAGAGUGAGAGUGAGAGUGAGAGAGAGAGUGUGUGUGUGUGUGUGUGUGUGUGUGUGUGUGUGUGUGUGUGUGUGUGUGUGUGUGUGUGUGUGUGUGUGUGUGUGUGUGUUGGGUAAUGGCUGGCAGAGAGGGGCCCCGAUGUCUCUGUUAAUAACUGUUAAUGAACAUACUGCAAAAAACAAUGCAAGUACUUACUACACCCACACACAUCUGUUUAGGAGAGCCAUUUAGAAAGGAUAUAUUUAAUUACAUGCAAAUUUAGUAGCAGUUUUUACAUGCAGUUAUAUUAGUGGGUAGGUGAAAAAGACACUGAAGCAGUCAGGAGAGUGCAAACCCCAAGGAUAACCAAGCCUGGGCACUGGCAACCUGGUAGCAGGAGUGGAGUCUUGCCAGGUUUACUAUAGUUACAGUUCUACAGUUAUCAUUUCAAUAUACUCAUAUGUUUCAUAUUACAUAUACAUACAUGCACAUUUCAUUAACAUUGUACUAUAUAAUAUUUAUUUUGUGAUAAUAUUGUACCUCAUUGUAUUGCUUUGAAAUAUGAAGUGAACACCUUCAAGCCAUUACUCUUGUACAGGGUCUAUGAAGGAAUAGAUGUGAUUUUGAGAGAAGCAGACUCCGAACUGGACCUUGAGAGUGAUGGGCUGUUGGGAAGUAGAGUGGAGUCUUUAACCCUGUCACUGGUAUAGUUGCCCAUUAGGAAUAUUCAGACUACUGAAAUACUGCUUCAAAGGACACAAAUGAGAGAACUGAGGUUAUCUUGGCAAUGUAACUGUUUAAGAUACUGAUGUACUCCAAUAUAUGACUUAAGACACUGAUAUACUAUAAUAUAUGACUGAGAAGCUGUAUAUUGAGAAAAAUUGCAUACUAGUGAAAGGGUUAAGGCAUGACUAUUUUGGGGCUUGAGUGGCACCCAGACCUCCUCAUGUCACACACUGUUUUGUUAGUAUCAGGGGAGGUGGAGAAGCACCGCCAUGUCCUUGAUGCAAAUUCUACUUAAUAUAAAUCUUAAUAUGUUAAUUUAUGCCAUAGUCUCUCUUAGGUUGUAUUUAGGGAUGGUUAUAGGUUAUAUUUGUUCUUUAUACAAGUUUUUAAAAAGGUAUAUUUAUUGAAGUUACGAUUAUUAUCUGAAUUAUGUUAUAUGAAAUUUCAUAAUAUUGUUUGUAAGGAAGUAAUAUUAUUUGUUGAAGUAGGAAUAAGGACAAAAUUUGAUCCCUUUUCACAUACCAGUAUUGCUGGUAAGUUGUGGUGUCACCCAACUUGACAGAGCAAUGCAGGGGUAUGACAAGGAACCCAUAGCCCAGCACCACCACUCAGUCAUGGCUGGAGGCUGCCAUCACAGUUUUCUGUUCAAGAUAUGUAUUGUAAAUAUGCUGAAGGAAAGAAUAUGCUCAUACUUAUAUGCCAUUUUUAGUGCUACAUUCUUUUUCAUAUAAAUGUAUGUACACAUGCAUGGACUGUAUAUUGAUUUCUGUUUAUACCAAUUAUCUCUAAAAAUUAAUAAGGAAAAUUUGUGCUGCAAAUGCUUGUUAGGUCAGUGAAUAGUUGUAAGUUAUGUUCAGUAAUAUGAAGUCACAGUCCCCCUUCCCUCCGAUGGCAAAACUUGUGAUACUGCCCUUCUGUACCUCUACACCAAAUACACAAUAAACUCAC